AUGAUCGGCUCCCACCGCGACCAAGCACAUUUCGAUCGCGCAAGAUGGCGGAAGAGGGUCCUGCUUCCAUGCUGGAUCAUACAGAUACCUAUUCUCCUGACGUUGAUGGGUAUCUUUUCGUACCGGCUUUCCAACACUGUCAACACGUAUAAGGAGGAGAAGCAGAAGGGAAACGUUCCCAUGGUAGAGUUCGUGUGGGAAUGCGCCAACAUCUCCUUCUCGACAGUAUCGUUUAUUAUAAACGCUGUGCAGAUCGCCAAGUUCAUCGCCGAGGCACUGACACCAUUCUCUAUGCUCUUUGGUAAUGUUGUGAGCCUCGUUCUCUCGACUGCUAUCCUAGCGCUCGAUGUUGUCGUGUAUGUCCGACACUCGGAGAAGAACUACUCUACGAUUGCUCUUGCGCUGGAUUGCGCACUGCUUUUCUUCAACAUAGUCGCGAUUAUAUACGGAGUCAUAAUCUAUCGUCGCCUCGCCGCCUAUGAUGAGUAUCACCACCCCCACAACGUCAAACACUUCGGCUUCGCAGAGGAUCAAGAUACCGCAUAUGAUCCCGCCCGAAUGAGCUUGAAUGCUCAGCCGGAAACCCUUUACGACCCCACGGACGUUUCAGACUCCCGACCGCGCCGGCCGUCUUUCACGUUCCGACGAUCAUUGUCUAGUGCAUCGCGCGGCGAGCCCGUAUCUCCUGGUCCCCAGCCCGAUGCUGAACGUCCUGUCAGUUAUGACCACAAGCGUGAUACACAGUUUGAUGAGUACAUCGCAUCACGGCGUUCGAGUCUGAACUCGAACCACGGUGCGGAUGGCGCCCUCGGCGUCUUGCCCAGCCGGGACGGAACUCGACGGGACAGUCUAAGCCCACAAUCGUCUCUGACGCGCCCACGAGCUGGCUCGGGGCCUCGUCCAUUAAGCUGGGAGGUCAAUAUGGGCACCGACACUCGUCCGGACGGUAUCCAGCGUGGGCAUAGCUUGAUCAGCGUUCCCGAGGCCCACGAACCGGAGGAAGACAUUGGCAAUGCGAGACUAAACAAGAGCCGCCCGGUCAGCGAGGAGAGAGCAGGUCUUUUAGGCAAUCGGACAGUGUCCGGAUACAGCGUUGCGAGUUACGCGACACGAGACAGCCGGGUUGAGCCCUUCCAACCGCAAGAGGCAGAGCUGGAGUCACACAAAAGGCGACGAGAUUCAUGA